CCAAGUAUAUUGAUACGAAAUGAAAUAAAACUGACAAUGCUGGACCAAAUGCUGAACCAAGACAGUAAACACCUUCUAGGAAGACAAAGCUCUUUCCACGACUUAUUGCGUCGGUCUGCAAUGCAAUUUCAGGCCAGGAGGAUUGCCGUACCCCCACUACCUAUUCCUGUCAUCAACCUUCCAAAAAGAGGGCAAUAUGCACUCACGUUAACGCUGUAUAUCACACAAGCGAAGAACUUGAUUAUAUUACAAGAAACGAACAUAAACCUGGGAUUCCCAAAUCGAUCGGUUAAGAAUCCAAACAGAAAUCCUGCAAUGAUCGAUGCUGCCAAUGUUGAACGAAGCUAA